GCUGCCGCCAUCCUCGCUCUCGUCGCCCGCUGCCCGCUGCCCGUCCCCCGCCCCCUCGCCGCCCAUGAAGCGCAUCCCCCUCUCUCGCUGCGCCGCGCAAUGGCAGGCAGCCCCGUCCGCGGCGCCCUCGCCCUCGCCCUCGCCCUCGCUUCGCCGGCCCUCGUGCAUCGCAGCCCGCACCGUCACCCCCCGCGCGCGCUUCCAGACGACCGCCGCCAUCCCCAACGACGCCGGCCUGCACGUCGAGCUGCCGGGAGAGCGCGCGCCCGCCGCCCGCCAGCCCGCCGCGCGCAGGAGCCGCUGGCCCACGCCCCUCGAGAAGCUGCCCUCGCCACACCCCAGCGCCGCCGAGCGCUCCGUCAAGCUGCACGCCCUGCGCAGCCGCCUGACGCUGCCCGAGCGCUUCCCCCUCCAGACGCUCGCCCGCACCCUCGUCCACCCCUCGGCCGACGCCAAUCCCGCCUUCAACAACGCCUCGCUGUCCAUCCUCGGCCGCCACCUGCUCGGCUACUACACCACCGAGUGGCUCAUGUGCAACUACCCGCGCCUGCCCAUGGCCGUCGUCUUCGCCGCCGUCGACGCCUACAUUGGCCCCAGGGCCCUGGCCACCGUCGCCGCCGAGUGGGGCAUCGAGGCCGCCGCUGAGCCCGGCGGCGAGCUCGACCCCGGCCUGCUCCAGUUCAAGCGCAUCCCGUCCGGCGCCGAGCUGCCCGCCUCCCUGCGCCGCCAGCCUCCCUGGAGCUGGAACCUCACCACCACCCACAGGAUCAUGAAGACGGACGAGUUCGGCUCCGACACCCCCGCCCCGAGCCCCCACGCCCUGAAGAGCUCCCCGGUGCCCAUGGAGGAGGCCGCCCAGUCGUUCGUCAGGGCCCUGGUCGGCGCCCUGCACCUGCAGCUCGGCGCCCCGCUCGUCAAGCGCUUCUUCCGCGCCCACUUCACCAGCCGACACCUCGACAUCAGCACCCUCUUCCACUUCCGCACACCCACCCGCGACCUCUCCAAGCUCUGCGCCCGGGAAGGCUUCGACGCCCCCGUCGCCCGCCUCAUCUCCGAGACCGGUCGCCUGAGCAGACACCCCGUCUUCAUCGUCGGCGUGUACAGCGCCAAGGACAAGCUGGGCGAGGGCGCCGGCAGCUCCCUCGACGAGGCGCGCACACGCGCCGCCGCCGCCGCCCUCAAGGCCUGGUACCUCUACCAGCCCGUCCACGUCACCCUCCCCAGCAGCACAGAGGGCGAGCUCGACACCUCCAAGUGGCGGCCCAACCUGAUCGACUGCGGCGAGGUCAUUGUCUAG